ACGAGUGGUAGUGAUGGUUGGGCAAACAAAUUCCCGGCAAAAAGUGAUUUUUUCGAAAGCCACCAGGAUUUCGGGGAGACGCAGAAAUGUGAAGAGAGUGUACUUGUUGCAUUGGGUAACCAAAACGACACAGUUUUUUCCUGAGAGUUUUUGAAAUUUUCUUGUCUUUGGUCGUCUUUUUUUGGACACAAAAUGUCUCAGGCUUGCGUGUUUGGCGGAACUAUGGUUAAGGAUUAUGAUGAAUAUUUGGACUUCGAUGAGGAGCCCCAAUCGCGAACGGAACACGAGAAAACGUCGGCUUUCGGGUACCAGCACCACGGAUUUUUCCGAGCAGAAAUCCCAAUUAUGCCACUGAGCCUUGCGGUGCUCUGCUGCUUCUUGAAUAUGCUAAUCCCGGGGCUCGGAACGUUUUGGGCGGCUCUGUCGGUGCUCUGCUGCUCGGAUUCCGGGAGGAGCUCCACUUUCAGAUGUUUUAUGGUUAAUUUGUUGGCGGCUAUGUUGCAGUUUCUCCUUUUCCCUAUUCUCGUCGGAUUUCUCUGGAGUGUCAUUUGGGGUAUCAUGUUUAUACAAAUCGCCAGAAAUUGGUUCAUUUCCGACUUACACCACCGGGCGGACUUCCUGAGCUGGUGCCCGUGCAGCAAUUGGUGAAAAAUUAUCAAAUUAAAGAUUUUGAGUUAAAAUGUGUUAGUUGGCAAAAACUGUAAUUUCUACCAUGACAAUAACGUAUUAGUGAUGUAUUUUUUGAACAUUAUGUGUAUUUUCUUUCUUUUUUUUUUAACUUUUUUAAAAAUGUUUGAAAAUGUUUUUUUUUUGUUUUCAGUUGAAUUU